AUGGCCGUGGCGGCGGUGGCGGCGCUCGUGGCCGCGCUGGGCGGGGCGCUGUGGCUGGCGGCCCGGCGGGUCGUGGGGCCCGGCGCGCGGAGGCUGCGCGGAGGCGGGGACGCCGGCCCCAUGCGGGGGAAGACCGUGCUCAUCACCGGGGCGAACAGCGGCCUGGGCCGCGCCACGGCCGCCGCGCUGCUGCGCCUGGGCGCGCGCGUCAUCAUGGGCUGCCGCGACCGCGCGCGCGCCGAGGAGGCGGCCGGCCAGCUCCGCCGCGAGCUCCGCGAGGCCGGGGCCGGGCCCGACCCCGGCGGGGCGGGCGAGCUCGUCGUCAGGGAGCUGGACCUCGCCUCGCUGCGCUCCGUGCGCGCCUUCUGUCAGGAGAUGCUCCAGGAAGAGCCUCGACUGGAUGUCUUGAUCAAUAAUGCAGGGAUCUUCCAGUGCCCGUAUAUGAAGACUGAAGACGGGUUUGAGAUGCAGUUUGGAGUGAACCAUCUAGGGCACUUCCUUCUCACCAAUCUUCUCCUGGGACUCCUCAAAAGCUCAGCUCCCAGCAGAAUUGUGGUGGUUUCUUCCAAACUUUAUAAGUAUGGAGACAUAAACUUUGAAGACUUGAACAGUGAACAAAGCUAUAAUAAGAGCUUUUGCUAUAGUCGCAGCAAGCUUGCUAACAUUCUGUUUACCAGAGAACUAGCCCGCCGCUUAGAAGGCACAGAUGUUACUGUCAAUGUAUUACACCCCGGCAUCGUGCGGACUAACCUCGGGAGGCACAUACACAUUCCACUGCUGGUCAAACCACUUUUCAAUUUGCUGUCCUGGGCCUUUUUCAAAACUCCAGUGGAAGGUGCCCAGACUUCGGUUUACUUAGCCUCUUCACCUGAGGUAGAAGGUGUGUCAGGGAAGUACUUUGGGGAUUGCAAAGAGGAGGAACUAUUGCCCAAAGCUAUGGACGAGUCAGUUGCAAGAAAACUCUGGGAUAUCAGUGAAGUAAUGGUUGGCAUAUUAAAAUAGGAACAAAGAGUAAAAGAGAUCUACUUAUCAAACUAUCAGUUAUACCAAUGAUCAGGAAUGGUAGGGCUGAGCACUCCUUA